AUGAGCUACGGAGAAAUUGGAAACGAAAUAUACAUAAGAGUUUUCCAAGAAUAUUUUAACAAAUAUCCAAACCCACCAUCAGAUGAACAUAAAAUAAAACUACAAGAAAAACUUAAAGAAUUUGAUCAAAAAAUCGAAGAAUAUUUAAAUGGAAACUUAACAACCAAAAGAACUUCUAUACAAGAAGAAAAACGA